UGCUCUGAUUCAAUUUCAUUAUUCUACAUCUCUUUCACUUUCUCUACACUUUCUUUUCCUCCCAUUUCCCUCAACCCCGACCUUUCUUUCUUUUCCUAGUAAAACACACACACACAAAAUCAACUAUCAUUCUCUUAUCCUUUCAUUUUUUUUUGAACAAUGUCAGCUUAUCAACCUUAUUCGUCCUUUUCUUAUACGUCUUUACCCUCACCACCACUAAAUGAUCGAUGCCAUCCUGAUAAUAUCAAAACAUCCGCCGUUUCUCAUUAUGCAAUGACCUUAUCUUCCCCUCAUCAACAACGCGAUCACAGUAAUCUUGAUUUGGAACUACGACCUCUUUCAUUGGCCAAACUUGAUACUAACAAUUCCACACCUUAUUUACCAUCUAUCCAUCACGUCGUGUUGUCUCCACCUCCAUCAUCUGCUUCUCCACCACUUUCUUAUACAUUCACUGGCGGUUCGUCUCCCGAUUCUUUCUCUGAUUCCCUCUUUUCGUCUCCGCCAACUUCAUCCUCUCCUUCUUUUUCACCUUCGGUAACACCACCCGUUGUUCACACACCGCACCUAUCCGAUUCAUGCUCAUCUACCCCUAACUCGACGCCAUCUCAACGGAAGGGUUCCAUUGCAUCUUUAUUGAACUCUGAUCCUGAACUGAAGCUAUUGGAUGAAGAAGAACAUAAAUAUGGUUAUCAAACUCAUUUUAUGAAUGCUGGUGUCAAACGUCGUCUUUCAAUUCAUUGUGAUCAACAAUCAUCAUCGUUACCGGACCAAGCCCCAAAAAGGAAAAAGCCAUGCAACAAACAACAUCGCCGUCAACAACAACAACAACAAAAUGGAUCCACCCCUUAUUCAUCUACCACCACGUCAAUUAUCUGUACAUCCAACGCCUCAUCACCAUCACUUGUAUUGAACGAACGGGCCACCAAAGGACUACGACAUUUCAGCAAACAAGUAUGUGACAAGGUCAAGGAACAUGGUGUAACAACAUAUGAUCAAGUAGUACAAGAACUGACAAGUGAUCUGACCAAAUCUGCUACCUUCUGUCAAUUUGAUCAAAAAAAUAUCCGUCGUCGUGUCUAUGAUGCUCUCAACGUCUUGAUGGCCAUGAACAUUAUUGUCAAAGAUAAGAAAGAAAUCAAAUGGCUCGGCAUUCCUUCUUGUUACCAUCCUUCUUCUUCAUCUACGGAUAUUAUCAUGAAUGACUUGAAUCAUGAUCGUAAUGAUGAUGAAGAUGAUGAUGAUAUGCUUUUAUUGAAACAACAAAUUCAGAUGGAAGAGGCUCAAAAAGAAAAAUGGUUAGCCACUUGUACUUCAACGCGCACUGUUCUAGGUGAUACUUUGAAAAUGUACUUACAACUGCGGAGGUUGAUCUGGAGAAAUCAGCAUGAAUUAGGACAUGAACCCAUGACGGCCCUUCCUUUUAUGAUUGUGAAUCCAAUGGUAGACAACAACGAAGAACCUUUGGUCACCUUGUCUGAAGAUCAAAAACAAGCCAUAAUUACCUUUGAUCAUCAACAACAUGCCCAUUGUCCAAUUUUCAAAGAUACAGAUAUUUUGGAUCACCAAUUUGGUCGUCGUUUUACUCCACAGGAAUUAUCAUCAUGGUUACCGGAUGCUACUUGGCAUCGUUAUCUGGAUGUCUCUUCAUGAUUUUUUUUUCCUCACUCCUUUUUUUUUUAUAGUUUGUUUUUCCCUUUGAUGACAUCUAUAUAUACACCAUAUACCUUCCUUUAUAUAUAUGUAUAUUUCUGACAUGCGUGCAUAGUCUUCAUUUUUUUUUUUACUCCUCUUUUCCAUCUUCUCACAUAUACACAAAAACACACACAUAUCAUCAUCUCAUACAAAUAUUCACAUUCACACAAAAAGAUAUACAUCCAGUAUUCUCUUUUUUUUUUUUUUUAUCAUUCUUUUUUUCUUUCCUCCUUUGUCAUCUGCAUCAUACCCUGACUUCGUUUUUUUUAUGCCUCUAUUCAUCUAUUCUGUAUGUGAUCUCCUUUUUUUUUUUUUAUUCCUCUCUUUUAUCUAUUCGUUU